AUGAUUCCAGCCAUCGCCUGCGUCGGCAACGACAGGCCGCCGGCGCCGAUCAAGACGGGGUCGUGGAGCCCCGAUGAGGACGCGCUGCUGGCGGCCCUGGUCCGGGAGCACGGUGCGGGGCGGUGGAGCCUCAUCAGCGCGGGCGUCCCCGGGCGCACGGGCAAGUCCUGCCGGCUGCGGUGGUGCAACCAGCUCAGCCCGGACGUGCGCCACCGCCCCUUCACCCCCGAAGAGGACGCGCUCAUCGUCGCCGCCCACGCGCGCCUCGGCAACAAGUGGGCCGCCAUCGCGCGCCUCAUCCCCGGCCGCACCGACAACUCCGUCAAGAACCACUGGAACUCCAACCUCCGCAAGUGCCAGCGCCGCGCCAGGGCCAUGGCUGCCGCCGCCGCGCGUGCGGGCGCCUCGUCCUCCCCUGCCGCCGGGAGAGCCACGGCGCGAAAAAGGAUGCAGGAACAGGUCGUGGUGGUGGACGUGGACAAAGACACUGCCAAGGACGACCCGCCACCGGCACCGGCAGGCCAGCAGACUAACGCCGGAGGAGCUACCGACGACGAUGACCCAACAAUGGUGUCGCUGACGCUGAGCCUUAGCCUGCCCCAGCAACCCGUGGGCAGAAACGGAGCACCGUCAGUGGAGGCCAAGGCACCAGCUGCAGCGGGCAUGGGUGACGAUGAGGCCUCCGAUGCAGGGGUCAUGGCAGCGAUGCGGCAGAUGGUGAGGGAGGAGGUGGAGCAGCAGUCAGGGCAGCUGUUAUACUCCGUCCUCAUGGCCGUCACGGCCGCCAGGACCGCCGGAGCAUCCAACGGCAACCACUAA